AUGAUUAUUCACGAUGAUUUAUACGAAUGGUUGAAUUUAAAUUAUAAAAAGGAACGCAAGGAAGAGAGAAACCAUCAUGAAUUUGAAAAUCAAUGGAUUGUCGUGAAUGAUGAGGAUGAUAAAUUGUCCAACAUGAUAUCAAAAAAUUCCAAAGUUGAAGAAAUUGAUGAAGGAAAAUUAAUGGAUAUUACAAAAGAUGGUAGAGAAUUUCAAUGCUUGUCAUUGAAGUGCAAUAGGACCGGAUUUGAGGUGAAUGUAAACCUGUUUAAAUAUUGUGCCUUUAGAAAGAGGUUAGAACAAAACUGGUUACAAGCCUUGAUGUGUGUUAACAUGGAUACAAAAAAGUUUGUUUGGAGAAUCGACUUUCCAGAACUGAGUUCAUGUUAUAAGAUAUACUUUAGAAGACUUGUUGUUUCAGCAAUUACAGAAGCUGGUGGACAUUUUAGACUUGCAAAAAAGUAUUGGAAUGACAAGUCAAAUAAUCAUUACAGAUCAAAAAAGUACAUUGCUCAUACUUUUCGAGAUUUAAUGCUUGCGAGGCAAUUAAUUCAUCAGCUCAAGAUUGUAGACUAUACGGAAGCAAAUGACAUUUAUUAUGAACUUUUGAAUAGACAAUUCGAAAAUGAAGACAUUUGGAAAACCUAUGAAAACGAAUAUUAUCCUAGAUAUCAACACUUGAAAGAGGAAAUCAAUGCAAUGACCAUGCAACCAAAAGACGUACAAUUUGACCUUUCUAAAAGGAAGGAGACUUCUCAACUCUUUCAAUAUUUACAACAAUUCAAAAAUGUUCAAGAAUUGUCAGAAAUGUUGAGAUUAUAUUUUUCGUUAGAGUCAACAUUUUUUACCUCGGACAAUGGAGUUCAAUAUUGGUACAUUAGAGGAAUUAAUGAUGAAACCCCAUUUUAUUCGGACGUUUCCAACGAGUGUUUUAAUGGAAUAAUUCUUUCCAGACUUUCCGAUGACAUGGAUUUCGAAAUGUUAUGCCUACCUUUGAGAAGAGUCAUACCAUCUGACAACCAUUAUUGUUAUCAAUUUAAGAGCAAUGAAGGAUGUUAUAUAUGGACUAUUGAGAGUAACGUGACACAUCACACGUUAAUUCUUGUUCAUUUAUUCUACAAUCCUAACGACUCAAAGUGGCAAAUUUGUAGCAAUAUGACAUACUCUGCAAAUGAAACUAUUUAUGGUGGUGAAAGUGAACAGCAUCUCUUGAGUGACUUGUUUUGGAGAGAAUUUGAACGACGAGGACUCAAGUUUCCAACACGAAAAGAUGUUACGCUUACUUUUGAAUGCAGUUCUAAUUACUCUCGAAGAAGAAACAAUCAUGCCUGUGUUGACGAUAAUUCUGUACAUUUCUUUAUCAUUUCUAUAACAGAAUUGCAUUCACAAUGCUUUGUAGAUUUAAAGUCGUUUAUUGAAGAAUGUCAUUUUGAAACGAAUAUUUCAUUCGAACCCAAGGUGAAAAGUCUUGCACACCUGAAAACAUUGGCGAUCCGAUUUAACCCGGUACUUUUCAAGGAGAUUGUGAUAUAUGGCACAAAAGAUGGACCUUUAUCGUAUGCCCUACCUCAAUAUGUGUUAUUAACAACAACCAUUAACACAAGCGGUGGAUCAAGUGACAAAUACAAAUCUCUCAUUUUGGAAAUUGCACGAACAAGCUUGGGUGUAGACGAAAAGACAUAUGAACGAAUUGGACAUUAUGUGGAAAAUGUCGUGCACAGUGAUUUUGUUCAUUAUUUAGCUACUUUGCAAACUAAUUGCUUCAGUUUAAUCAAAAUCUUGGUUACAUACUUUACAAAACAGCUCGACUCCUCGCAUAUGGAGAGUUCAAAGGCCAAAUCAUCAAGUUUUGUGACUGAAGUCAUGAAACACCUCAAAGACAACACACACGAGCAGUUUGUGACCAGAUUCAUGCUGGAGCUUUUUACCAAAGUUUUGAAACAGAGAAAGGAAAAUCAAAAUAUCGAUGUUGCUCAAAUAAUUUCUCGCUACUUGGUUUGCCAUGUGGAUGGAGACACCUUUUCCAAAGUUUAUUACUCCUUUUUCGAUUAG